AUGCACAUUACUUGUUUCACUUCCUUCUCGUCCAAAUUUGAAACCAAGCUCUUGCCUGAAAAUGAUAUCAUCAUCAUUAAUGUUGCAGAUUUUGGUGCUAAAGGUGAUGGCAAAACAGAUUCUAGCCCUUCAUUUCUUAAAGCAUGGACUACUGCUUGUACUUCUCCAAAACCAACUGUUAUAAUCAUUCCUUGUAAGAGAUACUUUCUUAGUCCAAUUGUGUUCCAAGGCCCUUGUAACAAUUCUAAUCUCUCCUUUCAUUUCAAUGGCUCUGUUCUUAUUGCUCCUGAUUACACAAAAAUCCCUUCUUUUUCUCAAAGUUAUUGGCUCAUGUUUUAUGGUGUCAAAGGUGUUUCACUCAUUGGUGGUUACCUUGAUAGCCAAGGCUCAAGCUUAUGGUCAUGUAAACUUUCAGGCCAACACAAUUGCCCUGCUGGUGCAACAUCACUUACAAUCUAUGAUUCAAAAGAUAUAUUGAUCAGAAAUUUGAUAUCAAGCAAUGCCAAGCUCUAUCAUAUUGUUGUUCAUACAUGUAAAAAUGUAACACUACAAAGUGUUGGGAUUUAUGCUCCAGAGAAAAGCCCUAACACAGAUGGAGUUCAUGUUCAGAAUUCUAUUGAUGUUUGUAUGUUGAAUACAGUUAUUAAGACAGGAGAUGAUUGUGUUUCGAUCGGUCCGGGAACACGGAACUUGAAAAUACUAAGAGUUGCAUGUGGACCUGGACAUGGAAUUAGUAUUGGAAGUCUUGGGAAAGAGUUGGAAGAAGAUGGUGUGGAGAAUGUAACAGUGAAGAAUGUAGUUUUUACAGGAACACAAAAUGGGUUAAGGAUUAAAUCAUGGGGAAGACCAAGUAAUGGAUUUGUAAGAGGAGUUGUUUUUAAACAAGUUGUGAUGAAUGAGGUUCAAAACCCAAUUGUUAUUGAUCAAAAUUAUUGCCCUGAUCCACUCACUUCAGGUUGCCCUAAUCAGAACUCAGGAAUAAAAAUCAGUAAUGUGACAUAUGCAGACGUGAAAGGGACAUCUGCAUCUGAAGUUGCUAUGAGGUUUGAUUGCAGUGCAAGCUACCCAUGUAAGUGGAUUGGAUUGAGAGAUAUAAAGCUCACUUACCAAGAGAACCAACCUGCACAAUCUUUCUGCCGUAAUAUACGUGGAAUUGCUCUUGGAUUAGUUACACCCCCAAGCUGCUUAUAG